GAGGGCCUUGCCCGUGGUAAUGAAUGUGCGCGAUCCAUGUGCUGUGUUGCCGGACAAGGAGGGAAGAGAUUUCAGUCGAAUGGGUGCUGGGAAACGGGUAUAUAAGACCGCCCGCUGCUCUUCCCAUGGGCCUUGUCCAACAACAUCUCCUCUCAGGCUUUCAAAGUAGCAAGCAGAAGAUGGCCUAGCUUCCUCGUCAGAACAUCACGAACCAUCACCCAACCCCAGUGCGAGAUUUCUCACCAUGAGGUUUACGCUUCUUCUCACCUCCUUCUUGGGCAUUGCCGUAGCCUUGGAACUCUCCAGAUCGGAGAGCCGGGAGAGGCGUACGCGCCAGCGGUCUGCGAGGCCCAGGCUGAUGACCGGCGUCGAAAUGCGGACGCUGGAGUUCCGAAGCUCGGUGGGUACUCCGACCGAGAAACGGUCAAAAGGCGCACUCACGAAGGUGCCUGGCCAGCAACGGCGUACCGGAGCCCUCGAGAGUCGCGAUUUCUAUCAGUGCACGAACCCGGAGCUGAGGCCUUCCGUGGAGGACUGCAAUGCUAUCGUCAGCGAGGUCUUGUUGACUGAUAACGAAGUGAUCAUUGCGGCCAACUCAUGCCUCGUCUACUCGUUUGGAACGUGUCAGGGGUUCUUCUGCUCUCUCUGCGAUACUCUGGAUACCUCAACCCAGUUCAUCGGCACCCAGCUGGACAACGUCGUUGCCCUAUGCGUUGAAAACGGCCAGGCCGGUUCCAUCGUGGGCGAGGACCCGCCGCAGUGGGAUUCUGGAUUCACGUAUGCGGGGGAAGGGCUGCCGGCGUUUGACGUGUGCUGAGAGCAUGUCUUGGAGUCUUGCAGUGGCUCGU